AAGUGUUCAGAAAAAAACUGGACUCUCAACGAGACAUAAAACAAAACGAAAUAACAGGGCGCCGCUAACCUAGCACUUUGAGAUUUGGUAGCUUUUAUUUACGAAGCACAUUUUGUCUACAAAGCAGGUAUAUACAUAGUGGUACAAUGUCUGACAGCGAAGACAGCGAUUUUUCGGACAACCAGAGUGACCGAAGCAGCGAGGCCGAAGAAGUAGAAGAGAAUGAGGAGGAAGAAGGCCACGGAAGUGUUGCUGGUAGUGACAAAGCAGAGGAAGAAGGAGAGGACUUGGAGGAAGAUGAAGAAGACUAUGAUGAAGAGGAAGAGGAGGAUGAUGACCGGCCAAGAAAGAAACCCCGACAUGGAGGCUUCAUCCUUGACGAAGCUGAUGUGGAUGAUGAGUAUGAAGAUGAGGACCAGUGGGAAGAAGGAGCAGAGGACAUUUUAGAGAAAGUUAACGCAGAAGAGGCUGAAGUUUCCAAUCUUGACCACGUGGCUCUUGACGAGGACCACUCUGGCUCCCGUCGACUGCAGAACCUCUGGAGAGAUUCCAGAGAAGAAGCCCUGGGAGAGUACUACAUGAGGAAAUAUGCCAAGUCCUCGGGGGGUGAACAUUUCUAUGGGGGCUCAGAGGAUCUCUCUGAUGACAUUACUCAGCAACAGUUGCUCCCAGGUGUCAAGGAUCCAAAUUUGUGGACGGUGAAGUGUAAGAUUGGUGAGGAGCGAGCCACAGCCAUAGCACUGAUGAGGAAAUUCAUUGCUUAUCAAUGCACUGAUACGCCACUUCAAAUCAAAUCAGUCGUGGCACCUGAGCAUGUGAAGGGUUAUAUCUACAUUGAGGCAUACAAACAGACCCAUGUCAAGUCUGCCAUCGAGGGAGUCGGCAACUUGCGAAUGGGCUACUGGAACCAACAAAUGGUGCCCAUUAAAGAGAUGACUGAUGUCCUUAAAGUAGUAAAAGAAGUGACGAAUCUUAAACCCAAAUCCUGGGUCCGCCUCAAGAGAGGCCUGUACAAGGAUGAUAUUGCUCAGGUUGACUAUGUGGAACCAAGCCAAAAUACGAUAUCCCUGAAAAUGAUUCCUCGGAUUGACCUGGACAGGAUCAAAGCGAGGAUGAGCAUGAAAGACUGGUUUGCAAAGAGAAAGAAGUUCAAGAGACCGCCACAACGACUCUUCGAUGCUGAGAAGAUCAGGUCUCUUGGUGGGGAGGUCAGUCAUGAUGGAGAUUUCAUGAUAUUCGAAGGCAACCGCUACAGCCGCAAAGGCUUCCUGUUCAAAAGCUUUGCGAUGUCUGCUGUGAUCACAGAUGGAGUGAAGCCAACCCUCUCAGAGCUGGAGAAGUUCGAGGAUCAGCCUGAAGGCAUCGACCUGGAGGUGGUCACAGAAACGACAGGUAAAGAGCGGGAGCAUAACCUCCAGGCAGGGGACAAUGUGGAGGUGUGCGAGGGGGAGUUAAUCAAUCUUCAAGGGAAAAUUCUGAGCGUCGAUGGCAACAAAAUCACCAUUAUGCCCAAACAUGAGGACCUGAAGGACCCUUUAGAGUUUCCUGCUCAUGAGUUGAGAAAGUACUUCCGCAUGGGUGACCACGUGAAAGUCAUUGCAGGCCGCUACGAGGGUGACACAGGCCUUAUCGUGCGUGUGGAAGAGAACUUUGUUAUUCUCUUCUCUGAUCUUACCAUGCACGAGCUCAAAGUCUUACCUCGGGACUUGCAGCUGUGCUCUGAGACCGCUUCCGGUGUGGAUGCAGGAGGUCAGCAUGAGUGGGGGGAGCUGGUUCAGCUCGAUCCUCAGACUGUGGGGGUCAUAGUCCGCCUAGAGAGAGAGACCUUCCAGGUGCUCAACAUGCAUGGGAAGGUGCUUACAGUACGGCACCAGGCAGUGAACCGGCGUAAGGACAACCGCUUCGCUGUGGCUCUGGACUCAGAGCAGAACAACAUCCAUGUAAAGGACAUCGUCAAAGUCAUAGAUGGGCCACAUUCGGGCCGUGAGGGGGAAAUUAGGCACCUCUUCAGAGGGUUUGCUUUCCUUCACUGUAAGAAACUGGUUGAAAAUGGUGGCAUGUUUGUCUGCAAGACGCGCCAUCUUGUCCUAGCUGGCGGUUCAAAGCCAAGGGAUGUGACUAAUUUCACUAUUGGUGGAUUUGCUCCCAUGAGUCCACGCAUCAGCAGUCCAAUGCACCCAGGAGGAGGGGGUCAGAUGCAGAGAGGCGGAGGUGGAGGUGGCAUGGGGCGUGGCCGUGGAAGACGAGACAAUGACCUGAUUGGGCAGACAGUCCGCAUAUCUCAAGGACCAUACAAGGGGUACAUUGGUGUGGUGAAGGAUGCCACAGAAUCAACAGCAAGAGUAGAGCUCCAUUCAACCUGCCAGACCAUAUCUGUGGAUCGUCAGCGUCUAACCAGUGUUGGAGCUAAGAGACAUGGAGGAAUGACCUCCACCCAUGCACGGACUCCAAUGUACGGCUCCCAGACGCCCAUGUACGGAUCUGGUUCCCGCACACCUAUGUACGGCAGCCAGACACCCCUCCAUGAUGGGAGCCGCACCCCUCAUUAUGGCUCUCAGACCCCGUUACAUGAUGGCAGCAGGACACCUGGGCAGAGUGGAGCUUGGGACCCUAACAACCCAAACACACCAUCACGGCCAGAUGACGAUUAUGAGUUUGGCUAUGACGACGAGCCCUCUCCGUCUCCCCAGGGCUAUGGGGGCACUCCUAAUCCUCAGACUCCUGGCUACCCAGAAGUGCCCUCCCCACAGGUCAACCCCCAGUACAACCCACAGACCCCUGGAACUCCUGCCAUGUACAACACAGACCAGUACUCCCCCUACGCAGCUCCAUCCCCUCAGGGCUCCUAUCAGCCGAGCCCCAGUCCUCAGAGCUACCACCAGGUGGCUCCCAGCCCUGUGGGUUACCAGAACACCCACUCACCAGCCAGCUACCACCCCACCCCCUCCCCCAUGGCCUACCAGGCAAGUCCAAGUCCGAGCCCAGUAGGCUAUAGCCCCAUGACACCCGGCGCACCAUCCCCAGGAGGGUACAACCCGCAUACCCCUGGUUCCAACAUCGACCAGACCUCCAGUGACUGGGUCACCACAGACAUCCUGGUGCGCGUGAAGGACACCUUCCUGGAUGGAGGGGUUAUCAACCAGACUGGUGUCAUCCGCAGUGUGACUGGAGGAAUGUGCUCCGUGUUUCUGCAGGACACAGAGAAGGUGGUCAGCAUUUCAAGUGAACACUUGGAGCCUGUAACACCGACCAAAAACAAUAAGGUGAAGGUGAUUUUGGGAGAAGACAGGGAAGCCACAGGUGUUCUCCUCAGCAUUGACGGGGAGGACGGCAUAGUCCGAAUGGAACUGGACGAGCAGCUUAAAAUUCUCAAUCUACGCUUCCUUGGCAAGCUGGAAGUUUGAGCAAAUGCACUCUACAAACAGGACAUGGCAACACAGUCAUCAGCAAGGUGUUGUAUGUGUGUGUUGUGGGGUGUUGUAUGUGAGGUUGUUGUUUUUUUUUGUUUGGUUUUUUUUUUUUAUGUUAAUGUGGUUUUGGUUUCCAUCUUAGAUUUAUUACAAAUCAAAAAGUAAUUUGCAUUUUUCAAUACUUUUUUUUUUUUAAGCCAUGGUUGUUUUAGUGGAUAUGAUGCAGCUUAUCUGGUGUAGAAGCUUGCUUUUCAGCAAAUUGAUUGUGUCAAUAAAAUCUGAAAUUUG